ACUCUGUUUUUUACGCGAUAAUGGCCACCUUUUACAGAAAAUUUCCGGGUAGUGAUCGGAGUUUUAAAUACGUUCUUCGGGAAUUCAGUUUUCCGGUAAGAACAGAUUCCGAUUCUUCCGAUGUGGAAUUUGAGUUUCUUGAGGAUGAUGUUGAGGUGACUCCGGCGGGAAGCAGCAAUGAUGAGAACCAAAGUUUGGAUGGAGAAUUAGACGGCGAAGAGAGAGAAAACGGUGCUGGUAGUGUUGAGAAGAACAAGAGUUUUUGGGAGAGUCAACAUCAGCUUUUGAUGGGUACUCUGUACCGUAGUAGCUCGCUGGAAUCGAGAAUCAGAAAUUCUGUUAAAGAUGCAUUGAAUGAAAUCCGGGAAACCGGAGGAAACGUGUGUGCAUGCGGGAGACCGGCGGCCGGAAACUGCAAAAAUUGCCUCAUGAAAGAAGUCUCUUUCCGGCUCCAAAAUGCCGGUUUCAACAGCGCUAUUUGUCGGUCAAAAUGGAGAAGUUCACAGUGUAUCCCUUCAGGGGAGCAUGCAUUUCUUGAUGUCAUAGAGAAUUCUAAGAAAGGAGAAAUGAGGAUCAUAGUCGAGCUGAAUUUUAGAGUGGAGUUCGAGAUUGCCAGAGCAAGUGAGGAGUACAACCAACUGGUAAAGCAGCUGCCGGAGGCGUUCGUCGGAAAAGUUGAGAGAUUAACAAAUGUAAUCAAGAUCUUGUGCUCGGCGGCUAAGAAGUGCAUGAAGGAGAAGAAGAUGCAUUUGGGGCCAUGGAGAAAACAGAGGUACAUGCAGGCUAAGUGGCUUAGCGCAUGUGAACGGGCGACGCCUGUGCAACCUUUGCCGACGGUGUAUUCUGGCCGGUUACAGAAGUCCAGGGCGUCGAUGUUGACUGUGGAUUUGUUGGAGAAGAUGUCCAAUAUGCACUGUACAGCGGUGAAAGUUGUCUGACGGAACAAUCAAGACUGGGAGAGUUCCCCCCCCACCCCCCUUCCUUUUUUUUCUUUUUCAGUAUGUAAUUUCGAUUUACAAUUUUCUGUGUCCUUGUGAUCCCCAACGUCCACUGGCACUGGUAGGUUUAAAGAAUGGAACUUAGUUUAUUAAUUUGGUUAAAUACCUUUUUUUGUCCCUUUACUAUAGAAAAAAACUUUUUUUUUAGU